AUGGAUAUUAAUUUUUCUCAACAGCAGCCAAAUAUGAAUCCUAAUCAAUUCCAAAUAUCUUCGCAUGGUUUUAUUAAACCAAAUCUGCCUGAUCGUAGCAAUGUAAUUGAAUGUGAUGUUUGCAAAGCAAAUAAAGAAGUCGAUAAUUUCAAUAUUUUAUACCCAGGUCAUAAAGUCUGCGAUAUCUGUAGAAUCAAAAACAUGCAGCAAUGCAUAAUAUGCCAAAGAUAUUAUUGAAGAAAUGACAAAGAGAUGCUAGAUAUCAUUAGCAUUAGCUUUAAUAAUUAG